AUGAUGUAUACCUACAACCCUUUUACCAAUUACGCACCGCAUCCGUGGAAAGAAAUAGAAGUAACUGAAAAACCAAAUUCUCGAUGGACUCUAUAUAAUCUUCGAUUCACUAAUGAAAAAGAAGCAUGUCACGUUAUCGAAUUUGAUAAGACGAAAUUAUUGAACGGUUACACCAUAAAAAUUUCUGCUUCUGACCGAUAUUAUAAUUCGAAGUUCGUUUACCUGAAAAACUCAAAUUCUGUACUUAAAACCGGCGCUCGAGAUAUGAAUUUGUAUUUAUCUUCUCUGAAAAAUAUUAAAAAAUAUAAAGUUUCUGCAAUUCCAGUCUAUUUUGAGAUACCCUUUUUAAUAGCUACUCAAUAUCGAAAUAAUUCUCAACCACCUCAAAUUAAUUCAGUAAUAGAUUCUUACACCGGAAUGAUUAUGAUUGUAUCUUUAUUAUCACUCAUAACCGUUAUUGUGUUGAUUAAUAAAUAUCAAUUUGGUGGGGCUUUUAGGGAUGUUUACCUAUUGUUGUUAGAUAUGGAAGUACUCUUACCUCUUAACAGAUGCUUCUCACGCGUUGUCUUUCUCUCUGCAUUUUUAUUUGCUUUUGUAUUCUCUCCACUACUUGAAGGACAAUUUUUUGCCCUAUUAGCAAAACCCACUUAUCGGAAUGUUGAAAAUCUAAAAGAUUUAUACGAGUAUAAAUAUCAAGUUCGAUUUUUUCUUAAUGUUUAUAAAGAUAUUUUAGAUACAGGACUGUGGACCACAGAUCAAGAUAUUAAGUACUUACAUAAAAAUAAAAAGGGAAAUUUUCAUGGCUGUUUAAAAUUAGCUCACAAAGAAAGUUCAACCGCGUGCAUAGAUGCAGCAGAAUUUAUACUAAAAAAUGCUCCUAAAUUCAAAUUACACAUAUCAAAAGAGGUACUUUUUCCUAGUUACUAUGUCCACAUUACUCGGGCUGAUUGGCCACUGAAGGAUCGGGUGGGAAAAAAAAUAGUACAAGCAUUUGAAGCAGGAUUCAAUUAUUAUAAUAAUAGAACAUUCAUAUUAGAUCAACUCAAAAAAAUGAAAGCUGUUGAAAAGGUCGCGGAAUUUGAAAAAUAUGAUAUUUGGUAG